CACUGGAAUGUUACAAUGUGUCGCUCUGUUGUGUACCGUUGUCAUGGUGACGGUGACGCCCAGCUUCCUCCCUGUGUUUUCAGCUUCAUAAGAACUAAUCUACGGAAUGGUUAUAUGUGCACCCAACUGAUUGCUUUGGAAGUUAAAAAUCCUCGAAACAUGAAACUAGGACACAAAUGUAGCAAGCCGUUGCAAAGACCGACCAAGAUCGAGACCCAAUGUGAGCCAAUAAGCGGACAGCGUCCCGGUGCUGCAGCCAAUCAGCGCUCAGUCCGCCUUCACAACACAGGAGUGGCACGCGGCACCAUGGCGGGGGUAAGCUUAGCAGCCAGUGAGGAGCAUGAGAUGACCAAGAUCGAGCGCAUUGGGGCUCACUCCCACAUCCGGGGCCUGGGACUGACCGAUGACCUCACUCCCAAGGCCUCGGCACAGGGCAUGGUGGGCCAGAUCAAGGCCCGGCGUGCAGCAGGAGUAGUACAGAACAUGAUCAAGGAGGGCAAGCUGGCAGGACAGGCAGUACUGAUAGCCGGCCAGCCAGGGACAGGCAAAACAGCCAUUGCUCUGGGUCUGGCUCAGUCUCUCGGCUCCGACACUCCCUUCACAGCUAUCUCUGCCUCAGAAAUAUACAGUCUGGGUAUGUCCAAGACUGAGGUGCUGACACAAGCCUUCAGGCGAUCCAUUGGUGUGCGCAUCAAGGAGGAGACGGAGAUCAUUGAGGGUGAGGUGGUGGAGGUGCAGAUUGACCGGCCUGCCACAGGUACUGGCGCCAAGGUGGGCAAGUUAACACUCAAGACCACAGAGAUGGAGACAAUCUAUGACCUUGGGAACAAGUUGAUAGAGUCCCUGACAAAGGAGAAGGUCCAGGCUGGUGAUGUGAUAACCAUUGAUAAGGCUACUGGCAAGAUCACCAAGCUGGGUCGUUCAUUCACACGGGCGCGUGACUAUGAUGCCACAGGACCCCAGACCAGGUUUGUUCAGUGUCCAGAAGGAGAAUUACAGAAGAGGAAGGAAGUGGUACACACUGUCACACUGCACGAGAUAGAUGUCAUUAACAACAGAACUCAAGGCUUCCUGGCACUCUUCUCAGGGGACACUGGUGAGAUCAAGGGAGAGGUGCGGCAGCAGAUCAAUGCCAAAGUAGCAGAGUGGCGGGAAGAAGGCAAGGCAGAGCUGGUCCCCGGUGUUCUCUUUGUGGAUGAGGUACACAUGCUGGACAUUGAGUGUUUCUCCUUCCUGAACCGAGCCCUGGAAGACGACAUGGCCCCUGUAGUGAUUGUGGCCACCAACCGAGGCAUCACCCGCAUCCGAGGCACCCAGAACAUGUCCCCCCAUGGCAUACCCAUUGACAUGCUGGACAGGAUGAUCAUCAUCAAGACGGUUCCAUACCAGGAGAAGGAAAUCAAAGAAAUCUUAAAAAUCCGAUGUGAAGAGGAAGACUGUGAAAUUCAAGAUGAAGCAUUGGUUGUGCUGACCAAAAUUGGUGUGGAGACAUCCCUGCGAUACGCCAUCCAGUUGAUCACAUUGGCAAAUCUUGUUGCUAUUAAGAGGAAAGAGAAACAGAUAACAAUACCUGAUGUGAAGAAAGUUUAUCAGCUUUUCAUUGAUGAACAAAGAUCCCAGAAAUUCCUGAAAGAAUAUGAGGAUGAAUUUAUGUUUGAUGAAGGAACGGAUACAAUGAUGGAAACAAGCUGAGUCUACAACAUGAGUGGACCAGCAGGAAUUACCUGGAGAGGCUGUGUGGCUCCCCAUGGGAGUUGGCCAUCAACCAAACCUGCAUUCAUUCAUUAUUAAUAAAGCAUACCUGAUAGUAUUUAUGAGAUUAUUUCUUUCAUAUUUUUUUUACUUUACUAUUCAUCACUUCCUGCACAUGCAAGGUAACAUUCAAGAAGGAAACUGCAAACAAUUCUGGAAACUAUAAAAGUCCUAUAAUGCUACAUUUUUCUUUUGCAGCAGCAGGAUUCAUACCCAGCCUAUCUCUGUCUGAAUCAUAAAACCUCUUGAGCAACAUUGCCUUGUUUGUGUCAGUGAACUCCCUGUGUCACACAUGUUGACUGUGAAUAGCAGUGCUGUAAGUCACUACUCAGUACAGAAUUAAAUAAACAAAUUACAAUUUAA